CUGUCUACUACAUCCACGAUACACGCGCCUCGUGUCUUAAACUAUGUCGUCUACGCCGUGCACAUGAUGCUGCUACUUAUGAUGCUGCUACUUAUGGAUGGCCGGAUAUACUAUAUUUGGGAGGCUGCGAUGUGUCGUAUGCGGGAGGCUGUGAGACGUUGGCGGCGUCAUUCUGCAUUGGCCUCGGAGUCUCCUGCGGCGACUGAGCCUGAGGCUCUCCCACCUGUACAAUCAGCUGUGGCUGUGGCUGUGGCUGGGGCUGGAAAGUCGUGACAACCAUCGGCUGUUGGACUGGCACCGGCUGAAGGGGUGGCUGCUGCAUGACAAUCACCCCUGGAGCUCCGUAUUGCUGCGCAGCGGGCUGAACAGGGAAUUGCGGGUGGUGUGGGGCCUGCAUCAUAGGAGAGGUGACCACCUUGGGGGGCCUGUUCCGCUCUUGUCUUCUCUUGUACCAUAUAAAUCCGCCCGCACAUAGGCCCCCCCAGCAAAGGAACGAGAAGACACCAGAAAGAGCAGCGGCGACUGGGUCAGUGCUGGUUUCGUUGUCCCCCUCGGAGUCCUCCUCCGGAUCAGUGUGUCUGACAGCAGUGCUCUGGAGAGAGCGCGAGAGAUUUCCUUUUUCCUGCCCCGAGCCAUUGGUGCUGCCGCAUGUCUGAUAGGAGAAGUGGAGGCCGGAGGACGGGAAGUAGGCCGACUGAUACUUGAGCGGCAGAGUGCAGUCGUUGUCAUCAAUCCAGCACCACUCGUCAUGACACCAAGUGGGCGCAUCGCUGCGGACUGCGCCCUCGGCAUUCGCACAGAAGGGCGGAAGAAGCCUGUCUGUGUCGCACAGCUGAUGUCGUAGUCACCUGGGUACCUGAAGGACACAAACAGACGUCCUUCACAAUGCCGUGCCAUCACAACGAGUGGGCCCCAUUGCAGUGGCCGGCGCACCUGUACGUCUGAUAUUCGUAGCCGCCGUCCUUGGAGAAAGGGGCGAGUGCCGCCGCCACAAGGGGUUGGUCCAGGCAUGGACAGUUUGGCGACGCCGCCGACUGCCCGGCAGCCCCACGGAGCAGCAGAAAGGAGGUAAUGAAGAGGCCAAGGAGCUCAGACGACGAAGCGCCUGAGGGAGCAGACAUGAGGGAUGGAGGAAGGGGAG